GCGGUCAAGCAUGGCUGCAGCUUCGUGUGGCCAGUCUGAGCGCGACCAGGAGGACAGCGCAGCCCUUUCAGCACCGACACCCGUUCCCGACCAGUGCAUCCGCUGCAACGCUCCACCGACCUUUGUCCAGCGAGGUACCGCCUAUUGCCACGACUGCUUCCGCCAAACCCUCUCGAACCGCUUCACCCGCGCCCUCGACGGCGCCAAGACGGUCAGUGCCGCCGGCUUCGACGCCCAUGCAUCGCCCGCACCUGUGCCGCGCCGGCUCGACCGCCCACCGUCGGCCAAGGUCGUCGUCGCCUUUAGCGGUGGCGCAAGCUCCAGAGCCGUCCUCGAGCUCCUCAACGUCGCCCACUUCUCGCAUCUCGAGCCCGCCCCGACUGACUCGGCGCCGACGGCGGGACCGAGCCCUCGAGCUGCAACUACCGGCAAGAAGUCCAAGAAGCACGGCCUGCUCAAGGCGCCAGCUUUUGCCGACUGCGAGGUCGUCUACGUCGACGAGAGCAGCGUGACGGGCGACGAGCCCGACCGGUCCGCCUCCAUCGCCGACAUCGUCGCAUCCUCGACGCCCUUCCGCUUUACGGCGCUCAAGAUCGAGGACGUCUUCUCGACCGCGCACUCGUCCUCGUCCGAGCCGCUCGUCGCGAGCACAUCCUCGGCCGCCCUGCCCGUCGCCUCUUCCUCCAGCAGCCCGCCUCGCCUCAGCUCCAAGGAGCAGCUCGUCACGCUCCUCGGCGCAUUGUCGCCGACCUCGCGCGACUCGCUCCUCGCCUCGCUCCGGCACGCCCUCCUCCUCUCUCACGCCCGCGCCACGGGCGCCUCGAUCCUCCUCCUCGGCUCGACGGGCACUCGCCUCGCCGUCGACAUGCUCAGCGGCAUGGCGUCCGGGCGCGGCUGGAGCGCCGGUGAGGAGAUCGGCGCCGAGUACGUCGCGCGCCCCGCCGACGGCGGCGCCGAGGGCAGGGUUCUCGUCGUCCGGCCCCUUGCGCUCGUGUCGCUGCGCGAGGCGAGGCACCUGUGCGAGACGGCGGGCUUGCGGCACGUGGACCCGCCGCCAUCGCCGGUCGGGCGCGAGGCGGACGAGAAGGAGACGAGCGCAAAGGGGAGGAGCGUGCGGGCCCUCGUCGACGACUUUGUCCUUUCACUCGACGCCUCGUUCCCCUCGACCGCCCAGACCGUCCUCCGCACGGCGCACAAGCUCGGCCAGCGCUCGUCGUCGCCGUCGCUCCCGCUCUGCGCCCUGUGCGGCCUCCCGGCGCAACCUGCUGCCGACGAGUGGCGCAAGGCCAUCACCAUCGCCGACCUCGUCGGCGCCAAGGCGGCGCUCGAGGACGACGCGAGCCGCGACGUGCAGCUGCCCGAGGGCAAGGGCGGCGUGCGGGCGCCGUACGCGCCGAGUGCAGCACACCUCGUCGUCGGCGACGCAGCCUCGGACCCUGAUCCGGUGCAGCCGUCGGGCGGUCUCGCCGCAGCCGAGGGCGAGCCGACCCUCGCGCCGCACCUGUGCUACGGUUGCCUGCUCGUCCUGCAAGAGCCCGUCACGGCUCCCGUCGCCAAAGGUCGAGCGCGACCUGAGCAGCUCGUCCUGCCGCCGUUCGUGCGCGAUGCCGUGCUCGCGAAGCAGCCGCAGCGAGGACCGGCGCCGCAGCGGGACGCGAGCGAGCAGCACAACGAGGUUGUCGGCGAGCGGGUGGUACACGGCGUCGAGGCGAUGCGCAAGGAGGUCGAGGACUUUUUGCUCGAGGACGAAGCGUGAGCGGCAUGAGCGCCCUGCAACGCAGCUCGAGAACCUCUCUC